GGUAUUUUUCUGCUUUUUAAUCGAAAGAUAAUGGAAACAUCAACAAGUAAAGCUAAGAUUUGCGGCAGUACAAGUAAAGGGAUCGAUAGAAUAAGCGGUUUACCAGAUGAUGUACUCCACAACAUCCUUUCAUCUCUCCUUAUCUUUGAUGUGGUUCAGCUGAGUCUACUGUCUAAAAGAUGGAAAUACAUAUGGACUACUAUGCCUUACUUGCACUUUGAUUUUGAUAAAUUUUAUUUACAACGGCUCAAACGGCUUUGUGAUAUGGAAAUGACUGACAAAUUCAAAGAUUUUAUCAAUUGGGUCUUAAUUUCCCAAAGGGCCACUAAUCUUGUCCGUUUUCUUCUCAUUGGCGAUAUCUACGGUAUCUUUGAUAAAGUAGAUAUUUUGCGGUGGAUUCAUGCUACCACAAGGCGAAAUGUUCAAGAACUUGUGUUAGAAUUUUGUCUUCUCGAGCCAUUUGAGUUACCAUAUUGUGUUGCAACUUGUGAAUCUUUGCAAGUUUUAAAGCUAAACUUGUCUGGGGACAUACUCAAACUGCCUAAUCAUUUGGGAUUUUGUCAACUGAAAUUGCUCCAUCUUGAGAACGUGGCGUUGUCAGACCAGCAAUUGACAAUUUGUUUGUUCUCAAAAUGUCACCUCCUCGAAAAAUUGAUUUUACAGGAAUGUAGUUUAGGAGCUUUGACACUACUUGAUAUUGCUUCAACAUCUCUUAUUUAUGUUACUUUUGGAAAUGUCUAUUAUAAAGUGGAGAGUUAUGGAGAUUGUGAAGUCAAACUUUGUUGCCCCAAUCUCAAGUUCUUCAAAUACAAACAGUGGCGGAUGCAGAAUUUUUAAAUCAUGGGUGCUUAAUUAUUUUUUAUCUGAAAAUUACAUUUGAGACUGGGUGCUCAAGUAAUAUAUUUGAAUGAAUUACUAAUUUUUCUAUAUAAAUAAUAGUGUAUGGCUCCAAAAGUAAUGGGUGCUUAAGCACCCAUAAUCUAUAACAUGCAUCCGCUGGGUGCUUAAGCACCCAUAAUCUAUAACAUGCAUCCGCCACUGAAUACAAAGCUCCAAUGCCAAAGGAUAUAAUCUUUGAGAAUCUUUUUUCGAUAGAAGAUGUUCGUAUCGUCUUUACUUAUAGUAACCGCUCACUUGAAGAAACUGGUAUACUUGUGCAUAAGAUGAUUAAGGAGGUUCCUUCUACAUCAAUUUUGAAGCUAUGCGAGGCUUCCUAUUCGGUAAACUAUUCUCUUUAGGUUAUGUAUAAAAGGAAUAUAGGAGUACUGAAAAGAUAUACAGCAAAGUACAUUUUUCGAAUACUUAACUGUAUUAUUUUUUUGACAUACAGUCUGACUACUUAUUAAAAGUAUGUUUAUUGUCUUAAGUAUUUAUUAAAAAAACUACAGUCAGUAUUUCUAAGUCGUUUGGAGAACUUGUCGGCAGCUUUUCAUAUUAGUCUCUUUACCAAUAAAUUUCUCACUUCUUACUUUCUUAGUUAUUAAAAAAAAAAGAAAAACUUCUUAUUUCUUACUUUUUGCU